GGUUUGUUUAGGUGCAUAUAAAAUUUUGUGUAUCGUUAUCGAAACAUUGACAUGAGUUAAAAGCUUGACACUCACUUGACAGUAUCGAAUGAAGUGUGUGUAAUAGAUUCGAAUAAUAAAAUAUUCAACAAAAGUGUAACCGCGUUCCUCGUCGUGGCAUAUACAUAUGACAUAUAUUCAAUUUCAAAUGAAUGACAGAUUGUCAUGCCAUAUGAUAAUGUGAUUCAUGUGUAGAGUGAACAACUAAUCUCAUUGUUUGUUCGCGAUCAAUCAAUUGAGUGAUGAGGUUUCAUUAGUUCGAAAUUAUUUAAUUUUUUUGCGGAAAAUUCGAGAGCAUCAACAAGAAUGAUAUGCGGUAAGAAAUAACAUUUGAAUAAAAAAAGUAAAAUUUAAAGUGCAAAAAAACAGUUAAAAAUAUAUACAUGUGCAGCAAAUGUAUUAUCAUAAAAAAAGAAGAUCAAGCUCCGCUGUCAAACAAACGUUAGAUAAAAAAAAGAGAAUAGAUUGAACGCCCCCGUAAAUACAGGAGAGGAAAAAAAUACAUUUGAGUAAGAUGCUUUUAGUGUCAAAACACGUUGUAUGAACAUUGAAAAACUGUGGUAGAUUCUAUCCCAUAUGACAUUCGCUGAUAUUGGAUAUUUUAUGCUGAACCAUAAUAAAUUUUGAAACUCAUUUGUUGUCGGUUGCAUUUUUGGGGCGGAUAUACCACGAAAGUGCUGCAAACGCUACCGAAAUUGGUAAAAGCCAAGCAGAUUCAUCGAUGAAAUAAAACUCUAGAGAAAAAUCCGAUUUAUGCACAAAUCGCACACACAUACACCGUUGAACAAUUUUCGUCAGUGCAAAGUGGAACAACGAAAAUAAAUUAUCGAAGUAAAAAAGAAAAAAAAAUCGAAUCGUAAUUUAAAACUGGAUUAUGUAAUAUUGUGUGUAUUGUGUGCACGGUUACAUCUAUCUCGGACAUUCCAAUUUUCAAAAGCCAUUUAAUUGUCGGAAAUGUGCUUUGGUUUGCAGUGAUAACUCUUCGCUCAUCCUAUCUUCUUCGGUUGGCAACAGGAAAAAGUGUAUACACGAAGAAAUCACAUGAAAUCGAACUAAAUGACCCAGUUGCCGUUCAGAACGUCAAUCUCGUUAGCGUUUCUUCUUCCAGCAACCAAACGUACAUAAUUACCUCUGGUAAAUAGAGUCGAGAUUGCAGUGCUGCAACAUCGAUUGAGAAACGGUUCACAAGUGGAAGAACCCCAUUGAAAACUAUUGGAUUGUAAGAAGGGAAAAAAAGGAAUCCUUUGGGUAAAAUGAGCAACGUUAACGGAAACACACAGACAGACAGCGAUAAAAAUUAUUGAGUGGAAAAAGUGUGCAUGAAAGCACAAGAGCAAAAGCAACAAAACAAAUCGUCAAUGAUUUGCAAAUGCAAAAGCAAUGUUUUUAAAUGAAUGAGCAGUUACCGAGAACUGUGCAAUUGAGUUGCAGUUGUAUUUUCUGCGUUUAGUUCGUCGACAUUACAAAAAGAGCAGCGAACAAGACCAACAGCUAUAACAACAGAAAAGUAAAAACAAAAAAGUGAGAAUUUUGGGCCGCGUCGAAAAAAUAACCGACAAAAAAACACCGAGCAUCAGGCGAUAAUAAGUGGACGGUCGUUUUUGUGUAUUUUUGGCAAUUGAAAACCAUUCAACCAAAUUCAAUUUGUCCGGAAUCCCUUUUUUCGUCCAUUUGCUCUCGUUUUGUGUGUCGUUAAUAACACGACAGAACACGCCUCACAAAAAAUUUAUGCUCAUCUUCGAUCGACCGAGAAUACGAGCGCGACAAACUAUUGUAGAAUAAAAAAAAGAAGACAAAGAGACAUAUAUGAAAAUCGAAAACCAAAACCAAAUUCGUUGAAUUGUUUUCGCUCGUUUUUCUCUGCAGAUGCAUCAGAAAGGGACCGAAUAACACGAAGCAUUUGCUGGCAAAUAUGCUUUUUUAUCCAAUAGAAAAAUAUAUGAUGGCUCACGGCCAUACAUAAUUGCGAGAAAAAGUUUGUGCGCGCUUUUUUUAAUAUUCUCGUUUGUUGUGGAGCAAUUUUUUUUGCAACGUGAUAAACAAUCGAAUAGACUAGAAUAAAACGAAAAACAUUUUUUUGGUCGAUUUGUUAAUUUGUUUUUGGCAGAUCACAAUCACAAACUAACGAGACAAGCGAGGACAGUGGGGCAAACAACAAGAACUUUUCGAGACUUUGCCAAAUGAUCAAAUGAUAACAUAAAUUGAAAAAGGCCAUCAAACGACCAGUGAACAAUAUUUAAAAAUAAUUUACCCCAUAAAAGAGUUGAAAAAAGAAACACAUUUUUAUAAAAACGCAUAUAUUUGACAAACGACGUCGACGACGCACAACACAUACAGAGAGAGACACCAAGUUAAUAAAUUACCAUUUCAAACGAAUAAUGUAAACGAAUUGAAAUGCUAUGGUCAUGACGCGUAACGGUCAGAAACCGCAAUAUGAAUUAUGGUGCCAACAAAAUGCCAGCAUUACCAGCACUGUCACUAAAACGAUUUACGUAACCGCUGUGAUGAUGAGCCUGCUGCUGCUGCCACCAAUCGGUGUCAUCGCAAGCAGCAAUUUCAAUGGAAACAACGCCAGCAUAGCAACUAUUGAGAAUAACACUAAUUUCACAAAUAAUAGUCAUAAUAAUGGAACAAUAAAUGAAUUAGUCGUAUCGAAAACAAUACAUACCGAUGCUGCUAAUGCAGAGCAUGUGGUGAUGGUGGAGCCGUCGUUAUCAUCGUUGUCGUUAACACGGAAUAACGAUAGUAGUGGCAGCAGCAUUGUGCCCAUGAUAGAUGGUGCAGUGAAUGGCAAAACUACAGGCGCACAUGCAACAACAACAGCAGCAACAAUAGCAAGUGCUGGAGCUGUUGUUGCCGAUGCAGCAUCAACACCAUCCAAUGUGGAUAUAAUUCACACUACAAUAUCACCAUUGACGAAUGGGGAAAUCACGAGUCGCAUGCAAACAUCUCAAUUUAUUGCUGGAUCGAAUACCCGAAGGGACAGUCCAUCAACAUCGUCUACAUUGCCAAUUACAACUAAUAAACCACAUGUUUCAACGUUUGCCGAUUCGAUGUUGCGUCAAAAAGUGGCUGCUCAUACACGACAAUAUCAAUCAAAACAUCAUCACGAACAUCAUUAUUCUGGACCGUUUUUCGAAGGCCCAUUAAAUACAUCAGCUGGUGCACUGAAUGUUGCACAGUAUACAGGAACGGAGGGCGUGUUCAAUUGUCGUGUCGGAAUGCUGAAAGAUAAAACGGUUAUGUGGGUGCGACGCACUAUUGAUAAAUUUUCUCUGCUAUCAGUUGGAAAUAUCACUCAUACAGGAGAUCCUCGAAUUAAGGUGACAUUUCAGUAUCCAAAUAACUGGCGCCUACACAUAAAUCCCAUACAAAAAGAAGAUGCUGGCCUCUAUCAUUGCCAAGUGUCAACUCAUCCACCAAGAGUGUUUACCACAAAUGUUACCGUAAUGCCGCCAGCUAUACGUGUAGUGGACGAACAGGGCAAUGAGAUUCGUGAUCGAUACUAUAAAAUUGGUAGCAAAAUUGAUUUAACGUGUCAAGUGGCAACAAAUUUCAUUACGAAAAAUUCGACCACCACGGCUGAAUCGAAAUUUUCCCUGUUGCAACGAUACAUCGACGCACCACCAGAACCGCCGACACCACCGCCUACACUCUUCCCGCCGAUAUCCGCAUUCGAUGUACGAGACAAUGAAAUUGAUAUGUCGGAACGGGCAACAAUUCGGACUGCUGUCAACGACAGCCUGUUUCGCCGCAUCAAAUGGACUAAAGACGGCGAUAGCGUUUCCAAAGAGGCUAUAUUUAAUUUGAGUUCGACCGGCGGAUGGAUCACAAGCCGAUUAUCUAUAUUGAGUGCGGAACGACAGCAUAGCGGCAUAUAUGCAUGCUCAAUCAUUAAUUCAACGACAGCCACGGUCGAUGUUCAAAUAUUAAAUGGCGAAACACCGGCUGCCGUACAACACAGCGUUGCAAAUCAAAUUAGCCACAUUUAUGUAACACUUCAAGCGUUAGCAUCAAUCCUAAUCGUUUUGUACAUAUCUUGCUAAUGUAAUUGACAUCAAUUUUUGGAUUUCAUCAACAUCACUCAUUUGCAUCAAUUCAAAUGAGAAAAAUGUACGACACUUGCGGUUCGUCGGGACAAAAAGUGGAAAUUUUUCAUUUUGAAUGUGAACAAUGAUUUUGUCUAAAUAUUUGAAAACAAGACAUACAUGUGAUUGUUAUUCGGAAAAAGUGUUUUUUUUUUGGGGGAAAUGAAAACGCAUGACGACAAUUUAAAGGGUAAACUAUGACCGUAAAAAUGACAUGUAAUAAAUUAUUUACAUUGACAUUCGGGAAAAACGAGACUAUCCAGAGUUUUGAACUUUUUUCGGCUUGAUCAAUUAGUUUCCUUUUUCUAACUUAGUCCCGAAACAUGAUGUUUUAUCAACAGAAAGUAAAAAUAAAUGAUGACAAUUUUAAAUAAUGCAUUCAGUGAGCAAGUGAUAAUAUGUUGGUUUUUCGUUUCGAUCGAAACAAAACAAUGUAUAAUGAAAGAGGACUAGAAUAUAACUGCUAGAAUUGGCUUUUUAUCGAGUUUACAUGUAAUGGUGUAGAAGUGUAGUUGGUCAUCUCUUCUGUUGUCAUUCGUUUUGUGUUUAUUCAACCCAGUAAAAUGAAAACCUUGAACAAAAUCAUUGGCAACAUGAUCAAGCUUAACCAAUAUUUUAUUGUAAGAAAAUUCUAAACCAUAUUCAUUAUUUAUUAAGAGUUAGCUACCCUCAAAGAAGAAGAAUAAAAUGAAAAGAAUUGAGAAAUUUGUAUAUAUAUUAUAGACCAGUUAGGAUUGAUUUAUAUUUCAUGAUAUCGAUGAAAAAAAAGAAAAUCUAUUUGAAAGUUGUUUUUGCUCAAUGUCGGCGCAAGAUUUUAUUUUUUAUUCACAUUCAAAACAAAAAGUUGAAAAUAUAAAAAAAAAAAUUAAUAUGAGACAUUUUCUUUUCUAAACUGAAUGCUUGAGUAAUCAAAAGCAGGUUAAACCAAGUCAAUCUUAUUAACACAUUGAUAUUAACCAAACAAUUGUAGAGAAUUAUAAAUGGUGCGGUAAAAAGUUUCAUGAAUUUGUAUCGAAUUAAUCAUAUUUAAUAAAGUGAGUCGAUUUUGAAAUGUUAGUUAUUCAUCGGGAGGAAGACAUGUUUCGUUUAGAAACUGCAUUCAUGGUGCUCACCAUUGUUUUUAAAUUAAAAAAAUCAAUUGGAAAACACUUCGGAAUCAGUUCUUCUUCAUGCCAAAUGAAGAUGAAUUACAUCCGAAGCGUUUUUUUCCUUUGAUAUGACACAAAAUUUAUAGACAUUCUUCUAGAUCGACUCAUCAAAAUAAUAUCGAGACUUUCAAAUUCAAAUACAAGUAACGACUCAAAUCUGUAUAAUCCAAAAUGUACUUUAUCAGUCAUAAUUGUAUAAAAUAUAUUACUAUUUAACCGAAAAAAUGGUUAUAAUUGUUCAACACUGAAAACCAAAUGGAAAUCUAAUCGUUAAGAAUGAAAAUCAUAAGUUAUUAGACACUUAGAACCACUACUAUGUACCAAAUGAUAUGUUUAUUGACAGAUUAAUAUAUAUGAUUAUUAAAUCAGACUAUAAACGAAACAUACACAAACAAAACACGAUUUCAUGUAUUGGAUAAAAGGAAAUAAUAAAGAAACCAUUUAUGGGAAAUGAAAUGCUACACCAA